AAUAUAUGAAUCUACUUAGCAGUUGAUAUGAUUCUUGAUAUGUCAAGCUUUGUAGGAUAAAUUACGGUUGUUUUCUGUCUAUUUCCAUUUAUGUAGUACCAAAACUUGAUGGAACUCAUAGAUCCAUUUUAGUGGUUCUUUACCUACAAAGUUUACUUGUAAUUUAACAAACUAAAGAUAGUAUUCAAAAAAUUUCUCUGUAGCAACCGAUAUAGCUCUGUGACUUCAAGCCUUAGUCUUGAAUGUAGUAGCAGCAAAAAUAUCUCCUCCAGCCAUCAUAAUUUGGCUUGAAGUUUUAGUCUUGAUUGUUGUUUUACAAUCUAGGGCUUGUCUGGUUGUUGCCAUGUCUGGCAAUUCAAGUAUACAUGCGUUUAUGAAAUCCAUGCGACAAAAGCAGUAACCAUUCCCUUCCUUCUCUUUAUCUCUGCAAGUUUUUUCAGGAUAGCUUCUGAGUGUCAUCUUAUUGUCAACUUCGAUAGAAAUUCAACCCAUCAUAGUAAUUCUUACAUAUGAAGUCUAAACCAACAAUAUCAUCGUAAGAUGUAGAUGAAGCAAAUGCAUGCAUAGUCAUUGAGCAAUAAUAACUGUUACUUCUCAUGUCACUUUCAGAAGAAAUAUAAACCAGAGUGAGAAGUACAUGAAGAGAAAAAUUCUGAGACAUUAAAAAAUAAGAACUGUUGCUUCUCAUGUCACCAAUUUAGGGCAUUCCCCUGGUAUUCAUUUUCUUGUUUCAAUUAGCCAAGUGUGUAACUUAUCUCUGCUGCUUCAGUUUCCCUUAGCUUCUACCAAUUUGACAAGGCAAUUAUGUAGCUUACUUUUCGUGGCCAUCAAGUGACUGUUCAAGUAUUACUCUAAAAUUUGGAUAUAUUUUGGUUGUGCCAAGGGCUGAUCGCUUCAUUCACUUCUCAGUGAAAUCAUAAUUAUAUUCUUGUUCUUUUCUAGUUUUUUGCAUUACAAUAGUUGCUGCUUUCCAAGAAUGUUUUAACUGCAAAUUUCAUGGUAUAGUUCCAGAGAAGAUUCAUUGCACUUCUACAAUGGAACUGUUUACUUCCUUACAUGGUCCAUGGUUCCAGAUCAAAAUCCCAUCUGUAUUCUCUGACUAAUCUUGUUAUCAACAUUGUUAUCUAGAUUAUCGUUGUUGUAUUAAAAACUACAAAAGUGAGAUGAAGUAUAUUCUUUUCUGCAUGAACUGUUAUCCACUCUCUCCAUACCUUGCUCUUCCGUUUACUGUAGAUCAUCAGAAACUUUUUGCUACCUGAUGGUUUGAGGGGUUUACAUUUUAUACCUGCAAAAUAAUCUCCUUGGAGCUUCACGUGUCAAAUUCUGUCUGCUGACCAUAAAAUGCUUAUCUGGUAAAGAUGCAUUUUCUUUACAGCUUCGGAGCACGUGUAAUUUCUGAUUUACUUUACAGUUGACUAGUUUUUGCAACUAUGCAUCUUCUGGUCAUUUUGAACAGAAAGAAAAGAUGGGGCUGCUAAUGGGAGUUAGAAGAACAUAGAACACAUGAAAAAUGUUUCAUUGAACAGAUUCAGGAAUUUACAUUUAAUAGAUUUCCUGUCGUCCGCUGACUUUUAUUGGCUGAGCACAUAGGUCUCUCAAGAGAUAAGUUUUCUUCUGUAAAUCGGUUGCACCUCCUUGGUGCCUUUGAUAAAAUGUUUAAAAUUCUCAGCAAAGAUUUUACCUAAUGCUGCUGGCAGUCUUGUAUUAAGGUUUUGUGUAGGAGCUCAAAUUUGUCAAAUGUCUGGUUUUCCCAAUUUUUUUGGAUAUGCAUUCUCAUCUUGAAAGAAAAUAGUAAGUUGCAUGAUCAAAUUCACAAAAUGAGAUCACAUGAAAAGAUUUUCAUUUUUUUAUUUUAAAACCAGCUGAGCUCAUGUUUGACAAACUUUACUCUAGACUUAGAACGCAUUUUUCAAAUUUGAACACCCACUUUCUGUAAUACCACAGUGAAACCAUCUUUCUUGUAUAUUUUUCUUACUUUCGCAAUGGUUUAAGACAUUUCACAGGGAAAGAUGAAAAGAAGGAAAGAAAGAGGAAGAGAAAGAACUAGAAAAACAAGGAAAAAUUUUUGAGUGAAUUGAACCUUCGACAUAAUUGACCUCUGUAGCUAUGCCAUUGGCUAGAUUUGGUGGAAAUGACGACUUCAAAUUAUAUAAAUAAAGAUGAACAUGUUUAGUGUAUAGAAGAUGCCUAGUCAUGAUGAGACUCCAAUAUAUCUACUUGGCUAGACAGCUACUCUACCAGAAGAACUUUGAGCUAUGCAUUUUGAUAUUUGUCGGAACAAAUGGUGAGACGUACUUCAAUACAGGAGCUCUUGUUUCUUGUGUUCAGAACUUCCCCAAAAGCCGUGGUCCAGUCGUUGGCAUACUAAAGGGAUUUGCUGGCUUAAGUGGUGCAAUUCUUACUCAAAUAUAUGCCAUGAUGAACUUUCCCAAUCAAGCAUCACUAAUCUUUAUGGUUGCUGUUUGUCCGACUGUGAUUAUAAGUGCUCUCAUGUUCAUUGUUCGACCAGUUGGAGGUCACAAGCAAUUUAGACAAAGUGAUAAUUCAAGCUUCUUGUUUACUUACAGUAUUUGCCUUGUUCUAGCUGCUUAUCUCUUGACAGUAUUGGUACUUGAAGAUUUAGUCAGUCUGAACCAGACAUUGAUCAUAAUAUUAACUGUUAUUUUAAUUGUUCUCAUUUUACUUCCUAUUGCAAUCCCCAUUAUGUUGGUUUUCUUCUCGCAACCAAGACCCACAACAGAAGAGAGCCUUCUUCUUGAUCCCCAGAAACAGGAAGCUGGUAAAAUGGGACAGGAUGAGAAUGAGGUAAUUUUCAGUGAGGUGGAAGAUGAGAAAGCCUCGGAUGUUGAUUCACUUCCAGCAUCAGAGAGGCAUAAAAGAAUUGCUCAUUUGCAAGCUAAACUGUUUCAAGCAGCUGCAGAAGGAGCUGUAAGGGUUAAGCGGAGAAAAGGUCCUCGUAGAGGAGAGGAUUUUACUUUGUUGCAGGCACUUGUGAAGGCAGAUUUCUGGCUUAUUUUUAUCUCAUUGGUACUAGCUUCUGGUUCUGGGUUGACAGUGAUUGAUAACCUUGGUCAGAUGUGCCAAUCCCUUGGUUACAGCAAUACUCACAUCUUUGUCUCAAUGAUUAGCAUUUUUAAUUUCCUUGGUCGUAUUGCUGGAGGAUACUUCUCUGAGAACAUUAUAAGACACUAUGCAUACCCAAGACCAGUGGCAAUGGCUGUGGUUCAGGUCAUUAUGGCAAUUGCACUUUUCUUCUAUGCUAUGGGUUGGCCUGGGGCAAUUUAUGUAGUCUCGGUGCUUAUUGGACUUGGAUAUGGGGCACACUGGGCAAUCGUGCCAGCUGCAGUGUCUGAAUUGUUUGGAUUGAAAAGCUUCGGUUCCUUGUAUAAUUUCCUGACAUUGGCAAGCCCAGCUGGCUCUUUAAUCUUUUCUGGUGUUAUUGCCAGUGGAAUAUAUGACUAUCAGGCCAAGAAACAACAUCAGAUGCUGGAUCCCAUAGGACGUGUUGAGGAAGCUGAGUCACUCACUUGCAACGGCACCAUCUGCUACUCAAUCACUUGUGGAAUCAUGUCAGGACUCUGUGCAAUUUCUGUUGUGCUGAGUCUAAUUGUUGUUCAUCGAACGAAGAGGGUCUACACUCAACUUUAUGCAAACCCUCAGACUUGAUCUGCUUUUAGAUUCAACGGAUUACGGUCUUGGUGCCUGCAUGAGUUAGGUGAUUUCCUGCAUUGGUUUAUUGGAGGGUUGGAGAUACUUCCAAGCACCUACUUCUUUACAAGCAUUUUCUUCAGCAGUAAGGGUUCUUUUUUGAUUGCUCUAAGCUGAACCGUUAUGGUCUGGAUUUGCAAAGACAGAAAGACUUGGGAACAUGCCCGUUGAAAUUUUAUGCUCAAUGGAAGUUAAAACCAUGGAGGCCUUCCAAACUGUUUUCUUCUUGAAUGUUUUGUUCAUAUGUAAGACUUGUGUUGUGUCAUUUAUUGCACUGAAGAUGAAUAAAUUAUUGCCAAUGUUUAAUUUGGAUACAUUGUUACAGAGAUCAGCAGGAUGUCUAAGUGAUGUAAAAGCAACCAAACGUUGUAUUACAAUAAUGUUAUGAAACGUGUCAUCAUUUGCCUUCUUUA